AUGGCUCAUCAAACCGGUCGACCUCGUGCCAGCUCCCUGAAGGAGCGGUACCCCGGGGACAUGUCUCACCGGCCACUCGCCAUGCUCGAGCGAGACUACCGGGCUGCCGAUCGAACACCCAACCUGCGCAACCCUCGCCGUCAGCAACCUAUCGAUAUCAUCGACACUUUAGAUCACACUGGCCCCGGACGCGGCUUCAUGUACCACCAUGACGGCCCAUACGAUGCCACCCUGGCGUCCCGUAACCGCAACAAGAAGUAUUCGCCCGUCGAAGCAGUCAAGGACUCCAAUAUGGAGGCUCUCAGGGCUACUCCCCAUGAGUAUGUCCAGGAUUCGCUGAUCAAGCAUGUCCCGUUGCAAGGAACCGCCGUCAUCCCUCCCGGGAUGCGGGAUCUCGCCGGACGCACCAUGGACUACCAAGAAGGCACGGAUAUGAUGCGUGAGGGAGCCACUAACGGUAACGCCUCCGCCUACAAGAGAUGGGCGGGUUAUCAAUACCACCCCGAUGACCUCAAAGGCAAGGGCGAGCCCUCCUACACCAUCGAGAAGCAGCUCAAAGACCACAAGGCCACCCCCUCUCGUCUUGGCGCCCGUAGCUAUAGCUACGGCAACUACUACGCCUCCAAGGAAGGCGAGAGCAUGCUUGAGAUGCAACCGCGUUCUCCUCACUACCUGGACGUUCCUGGCUCUUCUAGCUCCUCGGCGGGUCUGAUGGGCUACCAGCAGAAAGAGGGCAACGUCGCCAAAGUUCGUCAGAGAAGCGUGAGCAAUGCUACGACGACUACGGGUACGGGAUACGGAGGAGGAGGAGGAGGUUACUACUCGAACGACUACGAAGGAGGAGAGUCUAGCAAUGGUGGGGGGUUGCGCAGAAGUAAUACCACGGGCAAAACCAUUGCGCAGUCACUGAAGAGGAGGUUGGGCAGUCUUAAGCGGAAGUAGAGAGAAGGAGGUUGGUUGUAAGGAAGGUUGGAUAUGAGAGGCACUUUUUUUUUGGAUAUGGGAA